AUGAAGAAACAGAAGUUGGUUAAGCAAAAAUCCAACUUCUUCCAGAAAAAUGGAGGGUUAUUGUUGGAGCAGCAUAUUAAUGCUUCAACCAGAGGAUGUACAACAAUCUUUACAUCCAAGGAGCUAGAAAUGACCAUCAACUGUCAUAAGAAGAGUCACAUAUUUGGUCCAGGAGAUAAUGGAGUCGAGCAUUUCAUAAAUGAGAUUAUCACUCUUACCAAAAUCAACCAUCAAAAUGUGGUUAAGUUAUUGGGCUGCUGUCUGGUGACUGAAGCUUCUAUACUGGUCUAUGAACAGGCCUCUAAUGGGACCCUUUUUGACUACAUUUAUCAUACCAAUGGGAAGAGUUCAUUGCCUUGGGAUACCCUUCUAAAGAUAGCCUCAGAAUCAGCAGCUGCCCUUGCUUAUCUGCAUUCUGCAUCAAUCAUCAAUGAAACUGUCAAGUCUUCCAACAUAUUGUUAACUUAUUAUUUUGUGGCCAAAGUCAUCGGUUUUGGACCUUCGAGGUUAGUGCCUAGUAAUGAAUCACAGAUAAGCACAUUGGUUCGGAGGACACUAGGCUAUUUUCAUAAAGGCCAAUUGACAGGUAAGAGCGAUGUUUACAGCUUUGGAAUGGUUUUGUUAGAGAUUGUAACAGGAGAGAAGCCAAUAUCAUUUGGUAGACCAGAAAGUCAAAGAAUCAUGUCUUCCCAUUUUGUAUCGUCCAUGGAGUUACAAAGUGGUCUGUUUGAUCAGAUUGUUGGGUCACAAGUCAUAAAACAGGGACACAGAGAACAAGUCAGAGCAGUAGCUGAGCUUGCAAAGAGAUGCCUCAGUUUGAGUAGUGCAGAAAGACCUGCUAUGGAAGAAGUGGCCAGGAAGUUGAAAAUGUUGAGUUGA